AUGGCUUCUAAAGCAAUAGUCUUUCUUGGCCUUGUUUUGGCUAUGGUCCUUCUGAUUUCCUCACACGUGGCGGCUCGAGAUCUUGCAGAAUCUUCCGAUACCGUCGAUACAUCUAAGAAAACGGAGAGCACAAAGGAGGCUGACCAGUACUAUGGCGGCGGCGGUUAUCCUGGCCAUGGAGGCUACGGCGGCGGCCAUGGUGGCUAUGGAGGCGGCCAUGGUGGCUACUGCAAGUUCGGAUGCUGUGGCCGGAGGAGGGAUAAUCGAGCCUCACGGGCUUCACUCUUUGAUAAUAUGGAUAGCCUUGAAGAGGGUGGUCUUAGGUCCUCUACUUCGUACUCAGGUGGUAUUGAUGAUCAUGACAAUGAAAAAACUGUGGACAGUUUGCAUGACAGAGUCAGCUUUCUGAAAAGAGGCCACUUACCAAAAGGAAGUGAAUCCCCUCCAAAAAUGGGCAUAUGCUGCUUGAAGUGUGGAGAGCACACGUUGACGGGAGAUAUACAUGAGGAAGUGGAAAGUCACAACCGUAUGUUGGAUCGAAUGGGAAAUGAGAUGGAUGCAUCCCGAGGGAUUAUGUCCGGAACAAUUGAUCGUUUUAAAAUGGUGUUUGAAAAGAAAUCAAAUAGGAGGAUCUGCAAACUCGCAGCAUAUUUUGUUGUUGCUUUCUUUGUGCUGUAUUAUAUCAUUAGGGUUCUCUUGUAUUUCUCGUAUGGCUAAACUGUUGGAUUGCAGUAAGUUCUAAGACAUGCAACUGAUCAAUGUUUUGCACGUUGUUCUGGGCCGUUCUUUCCAAGUUAUGCAUUCCGAUUUCUGAAUAUGAUGGCUAAAACAAUAAACCCGUUUUAGGUGAUAGACAAUUUUUUUCGUCUUGGUCUUUAUGUGGUGUACUUAUUAGCAGAUCUAGAUUGGUUACCCCUUUUAUGAUAUGGGAUUAAACUAAAGUGAUAUUCUAAAACCAGAGGUUUUCCAUGUAUUGGUAUCCCACUUCAAUUAUAUUUAUUCUUUUCUUUUUGUGGUUGUGUCAGCUCACAGGAACUUGUGAAUAUAUUAUAUAUUAUAGACCGUUGGUGUCUUUUUGUGGUUCUGCAAAAAAUGCAAUUUUGCUCAACUAACACGUCGUACAUGCAGUCACUUUUAUCUCCAUUGUAUAGUUCACUCUAUCUAUUUCAU